UUUUUUUCGUGUGUCAUCUAAAAAAUGGCUUCCACUGUUUCGCUUUCUUUACUCAGCGGCGGUGGUGGAGCUCUUCAAGCGCGUUGCACAAGAAAUGCGCAUGUUAGCCCACGAGCGGCGCAUUCUAGCAAAAACGCGCCUCCAUCGUUCUCACUAACCGGCGCAUCUCGCAGGAAUCUCCUCUUUUCCCUGACGGCAGCGACGGUGAUGACAGGACUUCAGUCUGCAUCAAUGGCGGAGAAUAUUCCGUUCUUUGGUAUAAGAAAGAAGCUGAAAAAGGCAGAAGAAGAAGCGGUGGAGAUCGUGAAGGAAGGCUUUGAGACGGCGGAGAAAGGUGUUGAUGCGGCGGAGAGAGGAUUAGAAGCGGCGGAGAGAGGUGUAGAGACUGCGGAGAAGGAAAUCGUGACGGCGGUUAGCUUUAAUGGAUUGACACAAGCCGGAGCCGUUGUGGCGGCUGAGUUCGUCGGAGUUCUUGUCGCUACGUCAGUGGUGAAUGGGAUUUUAGGACCAGAAGCCCAGAAAUCUUAGGGUAAAUCUAAUGCUAUGUGUACUUUUGUGUUGGAAUUAAAGAAAAAGUUGUCUAAUUU